AAAUUAAAAAGUUUUUGGUGGAAGUUAAACAGGAUGAACAGAGAAUGGAGGAUUCCAUGCUUGUUGGCUGUUCAGAUGAAUGCACACCAUAUUUUGCUCUGGAUCUAGGCCUGUUUAUAGAACAGAGACAACUGCAGUAGCCUUGGUGGAUGAAUCCCCUCAAAAUGGAAAUAUACAUAUCAAGUACUUCCCCGUUUUAUUUUAUCUUUUGUUUUUAUAUUUAACUUUCAUUCUUCACAUAUAAAGUCCAUCCUGCUCAUUUUAAAUCAGUUUAAGCUAGCAUGUCGUCACUGCAGGUCUCUUGAGCUGUGGGAUGUUUAUGGUAUGGAGUAUUCACCCAGGCAUGGUUUUCCUUGGAGGGAUGCUUGUGACUUUUUGUAAGCUUUGCAUUCAUUUACAAAGAGAUAAGGAUAGAUGCAGAUACAGCUAAAAUACCAUCAGGAAUUUCACUUUCAAGGGACCUUCCAUGUUUCAUGUGUUCGAUUCUUUGAAGCUGGGUGCAGAGGCUAAGGAAGAGAAUGGGCAACCCAUCCCCAGAACAGUUUCUGUAUAUUCUCCAGGAUAUGGUGCCUUAUUUGCAAUAUCUAAAGCAAAGGGAAUAUUUUUGAGGACCAUUACUAUAUUCUUAAACAGUUGAGUUUAGGCAGUGAUCCCAGUUUAAAACACUCAUUUAGCUGUAUGGUAUUUCAGCCUUUGUGAUAGCAACAGAGCUGUAAUUAUAGUUAUUGAUAGAAAACCAAGGGUGUGGGGCGGGGUAAUAACAUCAAAAUCUGAUUCCUACAGAUGUAUUGAAUUCCAGGAUGGUUGGACAAGGCUUCAGUUGAAUCAAAAUUCAAUGGGUCAUUCACAGACUUCCGGAAAGCUUUCUUCCAGUUAGAAGAAGAAGAAAUAUCUUUGAUUUCAACGGCAAAGGCUCUCCUCCACUGGCAUGACAAUCACAAGUACUGCAGCCAAACUGGGAUGCCCACGAUGAAGAAUCUGGCUGGGAGCAAAAGGGUUUGUGACCACAGUGGAACCAUCUAUUACCCACAGAUGUCUCCAGUAGUUAUUACUUUGGUGUCAGAUGGGAGUCGAUGCCUUCUUGCACGGCAAGCAUCAUUUCCCAAAGGGAUGUACAGUGCUCUGUCUGGCUUCUGUGAUGUAGGUGAAACUCUGGAAGAAACUGUGCGCCGGGAAGUUGCCGAGGAGGUGGGCUUGGAGGUGACCUCUCUGUGGUAUUCUGCUUCCCAGCAUUGGCCGUUCCCACACAGCACUCUCAUGAUCGCUUGCCAUGCCCAGGUGCCUCCGCAGCAGAGCGAGAUUAGUAUCAACGAACAAGAGCUGGAAGCGGCCAGAUGGUUCAGCCGCGAGGAGCUGGUGGAGGCUCUUGGAAGGGAAGCCAGACCUUCCAAAGCAACGGACAACAGCCUCGCCUUUUGGGUGCCGCCUAAGCAAGCCAUAGCCCAUCAUUUAAUCCAGGAGUGGAUUAAACAACAGGACUCUCCAUCAUGUCACUGUUAACUACUCAGCUGAUCAAAAUCCGUUGGUUUUACCACUAGUGUCUUUGUUCCAUGGACCUUGGUUCAUUAUUUUAUGCAGGAGAUCUAUUGGCAGAGAAAAUUAUACCUCUUAGCACUUUUGCUAAACAGAGUGCCUGUCUUCCUGUUUCUGGUGUUCAAUGACUAGGCAAUAAAGAAUUUGAUACAAUCAAUAGAAGAAUUAAAUGUUUUACAGAUACAGA